GGAGCUGGUCUCUUGGCCAGCCUGACAUCUGGUCCACUCUUCUGUCCUGUGCCCUGAGGAUCGUGAUGAUAGAAAUUACAUCAUUAUUUUGCAACCUGGUAACUUAACUCAGCUCCUGGUAUGUUACUAUGUCAGAGAGUCACGAUGACCUUGCACGAUAACAAUACAACCUCGCCUUUGUUUCCAAACAUCAGCUCUCCCUGGAUACACGGCCCCUCGGAUGCAGGGCUGCCCCCGGGAACCGUCACUCAUCUUGGCAGCUACAAUGUCUCUCGAGCAGCUGGGAAUUUCUCCUCUCCAAACGGUACCGACAGUGACCCUCUGGGAGGUCAUACUGUCUGGCAAGUGGUCUUCAUUGCUUUCUUAACGGGCUUCCUGGCCUUGGUGACCAUCAUCGGCAACAUCCUAGUCAUAGUGUCAUUCAAGGUCAACAAGCAGCUAAAGACUGUCAACAACUACUUCCUCUUGAGCCUGGCCUGUGCUGACCUGAUCAUCGGGGUCAUUUCCAUGAAUCUGUUUACUACCUAUAUCAUCAUGAACCGGUGGGCUUUGGGGAACUUGGCCUGUGACCUCUGGCUUGCCAUUGACUAUGUGGCCAGCAAUGCCUCUGUCAUGAAUCUUCUGGUCAUUAGCUUUGACAGGUACUUUUCCAUCACGAGGCCACUCACCUACCGAGCCAAACGAACAACAAAAAGAGCUGGCGUGAUGAUUGGUCUGGCAUGGGUCAUCUCCUUUGUCCUCUGGGCUCCCGCCAUCCUGUUCUGGCAGUACUUUGUAGGGAAGAGGACUGUGCCCCCCGGGGAGUGUUUCAUCCAGUUCCUCACCGAGCCCACCAUUACGUUCGGCACAGCCAUUGCUGCUUUUUAUAUGCCUGUCACCAUUAUGACCAUUUUAUACUGGAGGAUCUAUAAGGAAACGGAGAAACGUACCAAAGAGCUGGCUGGGCUGCAGGCCUCUGGGACAGAAGCAGAAGCAGAGAACUUUGUCCACCCCACAGGCAGUUCUCGAAGCUGCAGCAGCUAUGAACUUCAACAGCAAAGCGUGAAACGCUCCACAAGGAGGAAGCACGGCCGCUGCCACUUCUGGCUCACGACCAAAAGCUGGAAGCCCAGCGCCGAGCAGGUAGACCGAGACCACAGCAGCAGCGACAGCUGGGACAACAAUGAUGCCGCUGCCUCCCUGGAGAACUCCGCCUCCUCCGACGAGGAGGACAUUGGCUCAGAGACGAGAGCCAUCUACUCCAUUGUGCUCAAGCUUCCGGGUCACAGCACCAUCCUCAACUCCACCAAAUUGCCCUCAUCGGACAACCUGCAGGUGCCAGAGGAAGAGCUGGGCAUGGUGGACUUGGAGGAAAAAAACAACAAGCUGCAGGCCCAGAAGAGCAUGGACGAUGGAGGCAGCUUUCCCAAAAGCUUCUCCAAGCUUCCAAUCCAGCUAGAGUCAGCCAUGGACACAGCCAAGACUUCUGAUGUCAACUCCUCAGUGGGGAAGACCACGGCCGCUCUCCCUCUGUCCUUCAAGGAAGCCACUCUGGCCAAGAGGUUCGCGCUCAAGACCAGAAGUCAGAUCACUAAGCGGAAAAGGAUGUCUCUGAUCAAGGAGAAGAAGGCGGCCCAGACCCUCAGCGCCAUCUUGCUGGCCUUCAUCAUCACCUGGACCCCCUACAACAUCAUGGUUCUGGUGAACACCUUUUGUGACAGUUGCAUACCCAAGGCCUUUUGGAAUCUGGGCUACUGGCUGUGCUACAUCAACAGCACCGUGAACCCCGUGUGCUAUGCCCUGUGCAACAAAACUUUCAGAACCACUUUCAAAAUGCUGCUUCUCUGCCAGUGUGACAAAAAGAAGAGGCGUAAGCAGCAGUACCAGCAGAGACAGUCGGUCAUUUUCCACAAGCGUGUGCCCGAGCAGGCCUUGUAGAAUGGGGCUUAUCAGUAGCAGUGACAAAGCGCACACUUCAACCCACAAACCUUAGGAGGAGGAGGAGGAAAGG